UUGGUGGCUGACCGGCUCGUAUGUUCUGCCGCAUGGAAGUUCGCUGCCACUCCAGUGCCUCCACCAGCUAUUCGACAUUGCGUGUAUUGACGAUGCGCCAAGAAAGCGCAAGCAAUUUCAGUCAACUCAUAGCGCUCAAUGUGGCAGCAACAACUUUGUUGAGCUUUCCGUUCUCUACGCUUUAGUCAAAAUCGUCGAUCCAAUACUCGUACAAAGACGAAGUUUCGCGUUGGCGUUGCUCUUAUUUUGUUGUUUUUCUUUUUCGUUAAUCUCCAUACUGUUGAAUGUGUUCUAUUGUGCUGUGCUGUGGGAUCUGACUGAUUGACUUUUUUGUAUGUAGUUUGGAGCAGCAAGAUUUGCUCCAAAUCGGGCGAUCAGUUGCCGCUGCUCGUUAGUGUUGCAAAGGCGUCAAGUUGGAAACAAAAACAUAAAAUAAGUACGAAUUUCUAAAAAAAAGUUGAAAGUAUAAAAAAGUGUGAAAACAAAAGGAGCUAUAGGAGUGGCAGUGUUGGUGUUAAGGAGCGUUGCUGUACGCACAAGCAAAAUUCAGCGUUCAAAUGCAUUGAGCCCGGUCAGUGGCAAACGCAAGCGGCUCGAAAAGUAUUGGCUGUGGAUUUAAUGACAGCAGUUUUGCAGCAGCUGAAAUAAAAAUAACCGAGUAUGUGUUACGUCAUCAUAACCGGCGGCAGUUUGGUCUGGUUUGUGCUGAGCCUGGUGGCCGACAUGCUAAUCGCGUCAGCGAUAGUCACACCUAAAUGGUUAAUCGGUCCGAAUCCAGCGUUUGUCAGUGUUGGUUCGAGCAUUUCCUCGCGUGUAACAAGCUCUUCCAUUCAAAACGAAACCCAAUUAAUGUUACCAAUACCCACGGUCCGUUAUCCGUCGGUGGGUAUUUACACACGCUGCAAAAUGAUGCACGGCUAUGGUUACCACUGCGGUCCCUUCGAUUUGGAUGGCUUCGCGACUGACAGCAAUGUUUACCCAUCCGCUUGGAAGGCCACGAUGUUCUUCAUGUCGCUGGGCUUCGCUGUGCACUCCAUAACGGUGGCGUUGACGCUGGUAACCUGCUGCCGACAGUCAGCUUUUGGCAAGAGCAUACACAACAUGACGGGUUGUGCACAAGUUGUAUCAGCAAUAAGCAUUAUGUUGGCGCUAUUUCUACAUCCAUUGGCUUGGGGUGCACCGCGUGUGCAGUUGCUAUGUGGCGCUGAUGCUGAGCCGUUCUAUCCAGCGGGUUGUUCUAUUGGUAUUUCCUUCUACUGUGCUGUGGCCGCUGCGGCACUUUGUUUCAUUUGCGCCGGCAUCAGUUUGAAAGCAGAGUCGUCUAAUAUGCGCAUGCGCGUAAAACGGCGAGUUGAAGAGGGCAAUCGUUUGGUGUGCAUUCCAUAGUCCUUUACUAGGCACUAAGACUCUUAGAAUUACUCUAAUAACCUUAAAACCGAUUAUUCGAAUAUGCGCUUUGUAACCGUUCAUAUGAAUAUUUACCAAUUAAUACUAUUCGAAUAGUUGCUCUGCUGUGAAUAUAUGAAAACACGAAAAAUGUUUGAAGUCCAAAUAACCUUUGAUUUUUGCGUGCUUUAUAUUUGUGAAGAUGCCAAUUGUGCGCCUAUUUACUGCAAAUUGUAGAAGUUGAGCGCUUACUAUUUGAAUAGUUGACAACGAACAGUUAACCAGAUAGUCGAAAAUGAACGGUUAAUAGAAUAGUCGAAGAAUAUCCGGAUAAACCGAAUAUUAUUACUCGAUGAAUGCCCUAUCCGGUUAACCUUGGUCGAAUACCAAGAGCUCUACUUAAACUGUAUUUUUAAUUCUCCAAACAGGAAUCGGAAUAUUGCACAUCGAAUUUAUCGAAUAAAAUUACUGUGGUGUAAAUUAUUUAAUCUUUGUACAUUUUAAUAAUAUUAAGUUCCUUUAAUUUAGUAAUUUAGUUUAAACAUUGUAAACUAUCUCUUACACAAACUCAAGUGACAUGUUUUUUGUAUUGACAUACAUAUAUACAUACACACAUACAUAAAUGUACUUACAUUAAAAGCAUCACACGUGUCAUUUAUUUUAAGAUAAACAAAUGUAUAUGCA